CUGCCGGGGACACAGUUCCGGCGCUGCUCGGUGAGCCGGCAAUGGCGGACACGUUGAGCCAGUUGUACCUUGGGGCGGGACUCACUGUCCUGUCACACCCGCUUAUGUAUGUCAAGGUGCUGAUUCAGGUUGGUCAUGAACCACUGCCUCCUACUCCAGGCCGGAACAUCUUCGGACGGCCUGUUUUCCAGCUGCCUGGGCUCUUUGCUUAUGCCAAGCACAUUGUGAAAAUUGAUGGAAAGCGAGGCCUUUUUAAAGGCCUAGUUCCCCGGCUGUGUGCAGGUACCAUUGGGACGGUCGUACAUAGCAAGGUGCUGCAAGUGAGUACACUAUCAAUGCACUACCAUGAUACAAAAGUUACUGAGUGCUUAGAAUUGGGAAAGCUUGCAGGUUCAUCUUCAUUGUAUCGUGUGUUUGAAGAGACAACGCGGGAGAUGAUUGCUCGCUCCACAGCCACUAUUGUCACCCACCCCUUCCAUGUGAUUACCUUGAGAUGUAUGAUACAGUUCAUUGGACAGGAAACUAAGUACAGUGGGGUAUUCGGUUCGGUAGUAACAAUCUACCGAGAAGAAGGAUUAUUAGGCUUCUUUGCUGGCCUGAUUCCUCGACUCCUGGGUGACAUGAUUUCUUUGUGGCUUUGCAAUUUGCUGGCGUAUGUCAUCAACACCUACAUCCUGGAGCCCCCCAGCCAGGGCUCACAUAUUGGGGAGCUGAGGAGUUACUCGCAAGCUGUGACCGGGUUCCUGGCCAGUAUGCUGACUUAUCCUUUUGUUCUUGUCUCCAACCUGAUGGCAGUCAAUAACUGUGGUCUGGUUGGUGGUCUCCCCCCUUAUGCUGCUGUGUACAGUUCUUGGAUUGACUGCUGGCGCCAGUUGAGCAGAGAGGGGAACAUGGGCCGAGGGAACAGUCUUUUUUUCCGGAAGGCUCCAGCUGGGCGGAAUUAUGCACUUGAUCAGAAGCGAUUUGUGUAAAUGCAUGUUGGCGAGGAGCUGUGAAUGGGACAAACUGGGUUGUGGGCAAAGGGUGGGGGGGAUGUGAUUUGUAUGAUUUUGUUUACAAUGAUGUUUUUAAUGAUGUAGUGUUGAUCCACACUGGCACAAUGUAUUUUAUGAUGGAAUGAGAUGGUCUGAUUGAAACAAGAAACACUUUUACUUUAAUUCCCUUGAUGUUAACCAGGGAUUAGUAGGAAUGAUCUUUGAGAGGUAUUCCACAGUAUGCCACAUUAGUGGGGAGGAGGCACUCCACCAAGAUCACAGCACCUUUCUAAGAAAGGUAAAAAAGACUUGGAAAAUGGGGGAAAUGAGGAGAUUUCUGUACGCAAUUAGUCACUUGCUUCACCUGCUCCCCUUGCAUUCUUAAUGGAAGGUUUUUGUUUCCUGCUCCCCCAAACCUUAACUUCCCGUCCUCCCCCUCCCUCUCGCACCUCCCUCACUCGGUACUCCCUGCUUGCCCAUCCCAUAUCCCUCACCCCCUCGCACUUCAGCUCUUCACCAGGACGUGGACCGUACUGGAGACAUUAUAUACCUCACUCCAGUCUCUGUUUGCAGUGAGAUAGAUCAGCGAGUCUGACCCUGUCUGGGAGGAGCUGCAUAGGGGUUACACUCUGAGAUCUUGAGCCCUUUCCCCACCUCACUAGCAGGCACACUAACAGCAACCUGUCCUGCAAGCAUCUUUUCCCAGGUUCUUGCCAUCUUCCUUAUCUUAGCGUGCAAUGUAGCACUGCAUGCACCCUCUAGGCCAAGAGGGAGAGGUUGUCCUAAUUAUUUUUAUUAAUAAAUUCAUUUACUUUUAUUUUCCUAAUCUCAUAACCAAAAUUCCAGUUUGGUGACAACAGGUGGAAGGUUGGCUGAUGUGAACGUUUCCAUAACUGGUGCUUCAACCCCUGGGACUGUUCGUCUUCCAGUGACUGUUCCCCCACCAGCAGUGAGAAGUGGCACUCAGCCCCAGUGCUGCACUGGCACCUCUUGACUGAGGUACCACUAUUAACAACAAGCCUGCCAGUCUAGAAUACGUUAACUGCCAUGUGUUGAAGUCUGUUCAAUAAAGCAGGUUUGUGCAGCGUUCUGAUUUUUCUAAAAUGUAUUAUAGUCUAAUGGUGGCUCCUCUCCAGGCAAAAUAGAGCGUGGUCAAACACUAAACCACUUUGUAAAUGUUAUCCUGCUAAGUUCAUUUAACAAGGUUUGUGUCUUGAACCAAUUAAAGUAAUUGAUUUCAAUGCAAAGAGACAAUUUCAACCUCUCUGCACCCGAGUUCAGAGCAUGCAGUUCCCCUCACCUUGAGCUGUGCGACAGUCUGCAUUCAUUUCUAUAGAGUGGCUGUCACUCACCACCAUCUCCAUCGAGUAUAUAGAAUCAGUGUGAAGGUUCAUUCAAAGUUCAAAGUAUGUAUACGUUAUACACCUUUGAAAUUCAUCUCUUCACAGGCAGCUACAAAACAAAGAAACCCAAAAGAACCCCUUUUUGGAAAAAAAGAGACUGUCAAACACUCAAUGUGUAGAGAAAAAACAAAUUGUUCAAACAAUAGAAGUAAACAAAAAGCAUUGAGAACUUUUACGAGAGUGAGUCCACAGACACAAAGCUGGGCAUCAAUGCAGCUGGACAGACAGAGCCAAGUAAACGUCUCUCGCAUCUGGUCCUGACACCUUGAUCUUUUCAAUCUGGUUUGGUGCUUAAAUUGGCCAAACAAUGGGCCCUGUUGUUUUCAUACGCUCUGGGGCCAGGGCCCUCUGCCACAAUUACCCAACCUUUCGCAUUUGGCCCAGCGCUUAAAUUGAUCAUACCUUGGGUGCUUCCCCGUUCUCUGCGACGGACUUCACCUCCGCCCGCCUCGACUCUGCCUUGCCUCCGCUCACCUCUCCAAUAUUUGCAGUGAUUGUGUACCAGAAAAAGCAUUAUUAAUAAAGAAUUUAGUUGU